AUGGCGUCCCGAACAAACAAGCCGCAGCUGCAGCUUGUGUUGUGGCCGUCACUCCUCACGCUGCUCUUCUUGUCCGGCGCCCUUGAGGCUGCUGCGGGAACAGGCACCAGCACCUCCUCCGUGAGCUCCAUCGGCUCCUCUGCCGAUGGUGCAGCUGCAGCUACGGGCCGCAGGUCGCUGGCUGCGGCGUCGCAGAGCGUGUUCAACCUCGACCGCUACGGCGCCAGCGGCGACGGGAGCCACGACGACACCCAGGCGCUAGCCCAGGCGUGGAACGCGGCGUGCACCUCGCCGCGGCCGUCCGUCCUGCUCGUCCCUGGCGGCAAGCGCUACCUGCUCAAGCUCGUCACUCUCCAUGGCCCGUGCAAGUCCAGCUUUGCACGGUCCUGA